UCGGCUGGAGUCGACCGUGGCACUGCUCGGGAGUAACGCCAUUUUCUGUGUUUGUGGGACAACUUGCGCGAGGUGAAGCGAUGUUCUGGACGGUUUAGUGGAAUCCUCGGUGGUGUUUCGUGGCCCUGUGAUAUGUUGGGAUACGCGGCCAACGGCGCAGCGGAAAUGUAACAACACUAGACUUCGAGGAUCUCCUGCACCUGAAAAGUCAUUUCAACCCCAAUUAACGUGCAGUUUACACCAGAUGGGUGUACUCGCUAAACCUGGCGACGUAAACUUUCGUACCGUGUGCCUCACAAAUGAAAUUCAACCACGAUGGAUUUGCCGAGGCUGGAAAUUCCAAUACGAUGUGUGCCCGGUUUAGCCAGAGCGUUUCCAGGUUCACAUGCCGAGAGAUAUUGCUAAUAAGGUUCGUGGAGUGCGGUGAGUCGUCUCGUCGGAGUCGAGGGCCCCGGCCCUAAUCCCGGAGGAUGCCGCUCCCGAAACGGCUGGUGGAGCCCGUUCACGUGGCGCGGGGCACCAUCCCCGAGGACUUCCCGCUGCCGUCGGAACUGGAAGCCGCCACCAACGGAACCCUGGCUAAUACGAUUAGACAACUUUCGAGUCUCUCGAGGCACGCCGAGGAUCUCUUUGGCGAGCUGGCGAGAGAGGCCCACGGACUCAGCGACCGGGCGAACUCCUUACAAGCUAGAAUAGACAGGCUGGCCGUCAAAGUGACGCAGCUAGACAGCAACGUUGAAGAAGUAUCGCUGCAAGACAUCCAUAUGAGGAAGGCAUUCAAAAGUUCCGUCGUCUUCGAUCAACAAGUCGUCUCCAGGGACACCAUGCCCACGGCCAUGCUGGAAACUUACCAUCAAUGCGAUACUCCACCACCAUUGGAUAAACUUAAUGUUUAUAGAGAGGACGGAAAGGAUGGACUGAAAUUCUACACCGACCCCAAUUACUUCUUUGAUCUUUGGAGUCAGGAAAUGCUAAAAGACACCGAGAAGAAAUUGCACGACAGAGGGAAGAAGCCUCAUCGACCUCGGACCGAGGGUGGCAGCGGAGGAGGUGGACGUCACAAGAAGCGUGUAAGACAACCCCAUAAUACCAGGGAAAGACAACGACAAUUGGCAGUGGGUCAUGGCGAGUAUAUCAUGCCUGCCCAGGGAGUCCAGUACAGGACACCCCACACUAUCCCCGACGAGGCGUUACUAGGUAUGGUAAUGACGGAGCAAAGACCCCCAAGACCCAAUAGUAUCGAACUCAGGCGGAGUUAUCCACUCGAAGAGCAGCACCUUUACAGCCCACCUGCCUCUGACCACUACAGGGCGACGAAUUACCCAGGCCAAGGUUAUGAGGAAAAUCCUUACGGGUCGCAUUACGCUCCUGGUCAAGGACAAGGGGGCAGCGAGACGUAUCAAAGUCCUGGGGGUCAGAGCACUCAGAGCAGAGGAGGUAGGUCGCGACCCUCGCAACCUCCCCCAGCACCUCCGAGCAAUGCAUCCAGCAAUUCGACUCCUACCGUAGCUUCCGCCAACAACACACCGACCAGAGGAAGGUCCAUGAGCACCGGAAGAGACAACCUUCCACCACCGCCGCCGCCUCCUGGAGAAACCAUGUCUCCACCUUCCAUGAACGGUUCCAUACCAUGCCACUUAUUGAACAGGAACGGCAGUCGUUCCAAUAGUCCAUUGCCGAGCCACCACUCCACUCCUACACCUCCCAACCACAUAACCCAGGUCGGUACCGACGAACCUGACCCGGCAGUUCCUCAGGAUCUGCCUCCACCGCCCCCAACACCAGACCCUACCCCGCAAAGGCCAGCUUCUCCACCGUGUAAUAUUCCUCCACCUCCACCUCCACCACCGCCACCUCCAGUUCUUAAUGGACCUACUCCGCCAAUGCCACUCACCAACGGAGAUAUUGCUAAGAUGAUCGCUAACAAUCCGCCGAAACUGAAGCCGCUGAAAAGCAUCGUCGAUGGACAACUUAGGAAACCUGGAAAUCCGAACAUCCCACUGGUUGACCCGCGGAAUGAUCUACUAAAGGCUAUCAGAGAUGGCAUAAAGCUUCGCAAGGUGGAGAAGAUCGAACAGAAGGAAGUUGAACGCGUGAACGUUCUGAACGACGUCGCAUCGAUAUUGGCGAGGCGCGUUGCCGUUGAAUUCAGCGAUAGCGAUUCAGCUUCUGAGAGCGAAUGCGACAGCGAAGGUUGGGGCGAACAAGAAAGCAGUUUAGCGUGACCCAUCUCGUUUCCGUCAACAGCAACCGCCUCCUAAAGCAGGAGACGUUCUUCCGGCUUUCAUCAACGAAGUCGCAACGUCCAUCGCUAGGUAGCAAAAGUGCGGAUGCGCUUCCUUAAAACUGCACUUAAAGCAUCGUAGAGACCUAUCCAAGGUAGUUUUGGAUAUUAAUAUCCGUCGUUGAAUACUGCAGUCCAGUCUCCUGGACGACAUAUGUCUUUGGGCCCGUCUCGAUAGAAGAAAUCUCAGGUGCACUGGAGAUAGGCAUUGCCGCGUGCCCGCUCGCGGAGUUGACCUCUUUCAGCUAAUUUCUUCCAAUGACCUUUGCUCUGAAUCGAUUCCUAACACGUCGGUUCAUUUAGGGAAACCGACUGUAACUUCACCUAAACGUGAUUCCUUGUUCUAAUAAUUAACACGGUUCUGUUACAGGGGAGGUUUGUGACUAGCAAUUACUAAAUGGGUCUACCUGCAUCUUAAUUUAACCCUUUCUUUCAAUAAUUGUACACGUAAUUGUCCGAAACUUGAAUGCGGCUAAUAUCUAAAUUCGAAUUUGAUCAAUCAUCUUUAUUUCUAAUUACUAUCGGAGAUAUAUAAGAUAAAGAAGUGUAGUCUUUAACGUCAUUGUUAAAUGAUCAUUUCUUUAGUCGGCAAGUGAAUCGUAAAAUUCAAAUUUGCAUCGUUAGAAAGUUUUUCAGAAGUUUAUUGCACGCUAUCUGUGAAAAAUAGAGAAAAAGUAACUUUGUCGGAGUAAACAGUCAUUUAUCAAUCCUCGACUUACAGACAGAUGUUAAUUAUACGUGAGUAAGAAGAUCUUUGGGUUGACUAAAGCUUACGAGAUAGUGACCUGUGCUCCUUUUCAGUCAAAAGUUGAAAAAUAUACAUGAAAAUAAUAUUACAUCCAUUGUUUACUUAAUGAAAGGUGGAAAUCUUGACGUGUAUUGAUUUAUAUGCGUUUGCGUAUGGAGAAUUUUGGAAUAAAAGUAAAACAAUGAAAAGAGAAUUGAGCUUUAUAAAAUUUGUUCUCAAAAUUUGAUUUACAAUCUUUUCGUUUUGUAAAACAAGAAGCACUUGAUCGAAUAUCAAUCUAAAAUUGUCAGAAUUCUGCACAUACCUAAUAUACGUAUAACACAUAUUAAUAUGACACUAGAGAUCUCGUAGUCGAUUUUAAAAAUCGCUGCACAGCGUGUCUCACCUACAAAUUAUUUUGACGUGCUGAUACCACAGCUUAUCACCUUAUUACGAUGUCUUGUAAGUGCAUAACAAGCGUCAUAAUUCCUCCAACUAAGGCAUUUACUUCGUAAGUGACCGAUGUAUGACUGUUGCCAAAAGCUUGUCCUCGCGUCCGGAUGUACCUAUGAAAAAGAGUUAUCGUGGACAUUGUGAUACGACAAAGAUGGGCACAUGUUCUAUUACCUUCAAAGCUGUCACUUAAUAAGCUAUAAAUAAAUAAUUAAACGGAAAUUAAUUAUUUAUUAGAAUUGUAGGAACUAUUUGAAUGGAAAAUUGUCAUUUGCUAGAAUCAUACAAAAUAAUUAAGAUAGAUGAGAGAUAAAAGUAGACCUGUCAUCUCGCUAUUGGCCUCCCGAUGGCGUUUCUUCAUUUUUGAAAUACGCGGUACAUAAAUCAUAGAAUCCUUUACUUUUGCACCAAUUCUGGUAAGUGAGUUCUACAAUUGUCACUGUAAAUAUAUCGAGUGAAAUAUUUUUUUACCAGUUGCCUGUUAUUUGAAAAUUACAUGGUUUAAGUAAAUCACUAAUUUAACUUUCUUCGUGUUAAUAAUUGCAGUUCAUUCGUGGAAUCGUAAUGAAAUAAUUAUAUAAAUCUAGGUAUUGUUUCUGAAGAUAGGAAAUCUUACCGAUUUAACGUUAUUUCGGUGAGACAAUUGUUAUGCAAAUUCCUUAGAAUUUAACCAGCGGUGCUGGUUGUUCUGUCUAUAACAAUGUCAACGAUUAAUUCAAGCUUAAUUUAUGUAACGUAUUUUAAUGGGAAAUGUUAUAAAGUUAAGCUGCCCACCUCUAUGGUACGGUCGAUUGUUGGCAUGGCAAAGUUCGUCUUUAUCAACUUGGGAGCCUAUAAAAUAAAAUGAGAUAUAAAGACGGAACAAGAAUAGAAUAUUGUUCUACACGCACAGGGACGAAAGAAAUUGCACCAACGUCAACUGAAGACGUGUAAUAUCUUCUAACACAUUCCGCAUUUUACUAGUACAUCGCAAGGGCCGAAGAAAUUUCGCUCCUAACCUAUAAUUCAGUUUCGAUUGUCGUAUAAUUUCGUAAGGCAUACAUAUAUAUAUAUAUAUAUAUAUAUUUGUAUACGUCUAUAAGCGAACGCUUUAUGUAACUAGAUAUCGCUAGGACAUACGCGUAUACGUGAAAGUCAAGCCAAAACUCAAUAGAUAGGACCCUCCUUCCUUUGCCUCGUGCGAGCCAGUAAGAUGAAUUACAUCUUGGUCAAUGUAAGUUAAACGAUUGCUGGUAAGAGAUCGAAAUGUUCAAGAUUCCGUAGUGCUUUGAUUGGCUCACAGUUGGUGGAUGAAUUGUCACCAGUUGUCGAAUGACACGAAGAAUCAAAGCACUAAUAAAAUAGCAAGUUCCCUCUUUCGAAGGAGGGCUAUUGAAAACCAAAAUACUCCAUUACGUGUAAGGUGUAACAGCGUGUAUUUACGGGGACGAGCGAGAGGAGUAAUAUUUUUAGCGUCUAGGGAAAAUGAGUGUAACAAGGUGUAAUGUUGUUUCAACUUGAUAUAGUGGCCAAGUUUAAUAAUAAUAGAAAUCAUAAGAAAAGGGCAAAAAUAAUAAUUGUGAUUUAUUUUGCAUCGACGUUGAUGGAGUAUGGUGACGAUGAUAUACAUAUACAUAUAUAUAUAAAUAAAUAAAUAUAUAUAUAUAUAUAUAUGUAGAUUGUUAAGAUUACGCAUAAUCUUAUUGUUUUGCUUGAGUAUUGUGGUGGCAGUGGAGAAAAUUUAAUUUAUCAUGCUCAAAGUGGAAGCCGAUCAUUGAGAAUUAUUCUCGAUUGGAAAAAUCAAGUCAUUUGAAUCUCACUGCACCGCUCUGUAUAAAGUGCGUAGCUACGUCAAAGUAAGUAAAGUCGUAUCUUCUCAACGACUAUGCCUGUACAUUAUACUAAUUUUAAAUUGUAGCUAAGCGUUCUACUACAUAUACAAAAUAACGUUUAUCGCUGACCUUUUUCUGUACUAUGUUUAUAUAUAAUAAUAUACCGUACGCGUCAUAGAUUUCAUUAAACAUAAGGUUAGGUCUAGGGAUAUCAUUAGUUACUUCGCCAACUACAAUACAGUAUUUAUCGGGAAUUUUGUAAGAUGAAGUGCUACGGAUAUAAUCGUUCGGAUAUUAUACGAAUAAAUAUUUCAUUGAAUACGA